CUUAUUUGAAAUUUGUAUUUUUACUGGCUAAUUUAAUUUUCUGUCUCUCUCUCUCUCUCUCUCUCUCUCUGCUCCAAGACUCAACUUUUCACAUUUCGCAUCCCUUUCUUCUGUGAGCUUCUUCAAGGUCGCUCAACGGAUUGUAGUCAAAGCUCAAAAUCCAGAUUACAAUCACGAAUUGAAAGCUUCACAACAGCGACCGACCAACCAACUGAGCAGCCAUGACCAAAUCUUCAUCUCCCCUUCUCUCCCUUCAUUUAUAAUAUUCAGACUUUUCAAGAAUGAUUUAGACUCCUUUGACUUUCCACCCCUCCUAUAUACAGAGGCUCAGAGCUAGAGCCCCUUUCAUUUUUUCUGUUUCACUAAACAAAAGGAGUUGCGAAAUUCCCCGGAAUUUGGGUUUUUUUAAGAGUGAUCAAUGGAGAAGAAUAUGAUGAUUAUCCCGAAUUACUAUCAGCUUGCAAAGUCUGUGUCCUACCAAGAUUCUCUUAAGACCCUUCAAGCCGAUAUUGAUUAUGCCAAUAUGCUGGCAACUUCGAUUCCAAGAUUCAAAGGUGGAACUCGCUUACAAAUGAAAUUGGUCUACGAUAAUUUGGCACCUUUAUUUCUGUUCUUGGUCCAAUGGAUGAACUUUUCUUGUACAUGCUUACUCCCGAGCUAUCUGAAUCUCUUCCAUGUUCUUUUAUUCGAGGUUUCUCCUGAUGGUAAGCGGAUGCUUAAAUCACAUGGAAGGAAAGCGAGCGUAAGGGAGUUUUAUGCUGUGAUAUUACCAUCUCUACUGCGCCUGCAUGGUAAUUCAUCGGGGAGGGAUGGCAGCCAAGACGGCGUACAGGAGAAGAGGAAGCAUUGCGAUGGUGAUUUGGAGCGAGAAGAUGAAUGCGGGAUAUGCUUAGAGCCCUGCACCAAAAUGGUUCUGCCAAACUGUUGCCACGCCAUGUGUAUUAACUGCUAUCGCGAUUGGAAUGUAAGGUCUGAAUCAUGCCCCUUUUGCCGGGGAAGCCUGAAAAGGGUGGAGUCGGGAGAUCUUUGGGUUCUCACGUGUAAUGGCGAUGUCGUCGACCAGGAAACCGUCUCAAAGGACGACAUGCUUCGCUUCCAUGGUUAUAUAAACAGCCUCCCUAAAGAUGUUCCAGAUGCCCUUUUCUUAGUUUAUUAUGAGUACUUGAUAUGAACUGUGUGUGUUGAUAUAAUUGUACAGGAAUCUCAAAGAUCACCAACCACCCUCCUCCAUUAAUCAAUUCCUAACUUACAAUCUUCUGCAGAAUAAUGUAUAUCCUCAUCAUAUUUCUUCAUAAAGGCUACCAUAUAUUAAUUCUCUCCCUUUAGCAUUCUCAAUUGUAUUUAUAAUUUUUUUUUUCC